AUGGACUUCUCGCAUAUGCAGACGCCGCCUCCGACGAGGGACGCCAAUUCAAGGAGGAGGCUGCAGCAGAGCGGAGGGAACGACUUUGCCACCCCAGCCACAGUGAUACAUAGGACGCCUAACCAAAUGCCGACUGCAGAAGGCCUGUUCAACCAGACGCCUUUUGGUUUCACCAAUGUACCCUUCUCGCCCAGCAUGAUGCCCUUUUCGAAUACAGCGCCAAUGUCGGCGCCGCCAAUGCCCCAGUCGCGGUUAUUUUGGGACCAGCCCAACGACGGCUCGCAUAUGGAUGUAGAUAUGGGCAUGAGUGUCGACCCGUUUGGACCGACACCCCACAAGGUGGAGCAGAAUUUUGACUGGCAGUCUUUCUCCACGCCUGCACGGCCCCAGAUGAACUCUAUGACCUUCCAAUCGCCCCAUCAUGGCAUGUCUUCUCCCGGCCCAGCAACGUCAUUCGCGAGCAGCAUGGGUGGACCAUCUUUCUCACAGUCAAAUUCGUUUGUGCCCAACUCCGCCAGCGUUGAUCCCAAUAUGCUCUUCAGCUUCUCAGGUCCAGACAUGACAGCUUCCUUUGGUCAGAUGCCACAGCAGACGAUGCAGGAUGCCCUUAGCAGACAGCCUUAUGAGACACAGGCACGAGAAGCACAGCAAGAGAAGGAGACUGCCAAGAAAGCCAGGAGUCUGCAUUCGCGGAGCAACACAAACUCGUCAUCGGGUUCUAUAGAAAACGCCAGGCCCGGACUACAACGUAGCAAUACAGACAGCGGCAUCAGAAAAAACAAAGCAUCGCUGAAUGAAUCUAGGGCCCUUGUUGCGGCCGGUGCUACCAUACCACGCCGCUCAUCACCGCUCAAACGACAGGGCGGCGCAGGAGCACUUGGCUCCAUACCAGAGAUUCGGAGGCCGAGGACACGCCUCAUCAUUGAUGAGACCGGCCGAGCUCGCACAGAAACCAUUCCUAUUGAGGACAACGGCGACACACCCAGAGCAGUGCCGAGGGCCUCUCAGAAAGAUGUAAGACGUCAGUAUCCAGGCUUGUGGGACGAGGAUGACACCGAGUCCGACGAUGAGGACGAAGCGCCAGCAGUCUUGAGUCGCAAUGCAUCGUUCAACAUACCACAACCGCAGCAGCAACGCCGCACUUCCAAGCACGCACGCUCAGAUAGUGGUGCACUUGCGCUGGAGAGGUCCAACUCGUUCAAGAUGCCACGGCCUGCGUCGAGAACGUCGUCUGCCGCGUUCGAUCAGGCGUCCUUCGAGACUGUCCGCCCUGUACGGAAUGCCGCACACAACGCAUAUCGGAGCUCUAGUAUGAUGGAAUUGCAUUCUACCUCUGAGGGGAUCAAGGAGAGCGAGGAUCAGCAAAUGCCCGACUCGCCCGGUGAUGCACUGGGAGCACUGAAGAAAGUGGUAGCGGGUCGUCAGCAAAGAGCUGAACGUGCGUCUCAAAACACGUUGAAAGCACAUAACCAGCGCUGGGCCCAAGCCUCUGCCGACAUGGUCAACAUUGUUCCGCCUCAUAGCCAAUACGACCCUUUCUCAAACUCCUUCCAGGCCUCGCCCCUUACAGAUGCAAUCGCGACACCAUCUACGGGCCGCAGCAGCAUUUCGAGCGAAAGUACACGGUGCGUGUGCAAUGGCAUGGACGACGGCAAACCAAUGAUCCAGUGCGAGAGCUGCAACAAGUGGCUGCACAUGAUAUGCUGCGGUCUGAACGGGGGUAAUUUGCCGCCCGUAUAUGUCUGCGUGUUUUGCACCGGACAAACGCCUGUCGCGCGUGGAGGCAGGAUCAGAGGCCCCGCAGUCUUCGACAGCCCUUUGACACACAAGUCCAUGUAUCGUCGGUGA